AUGUCUUCAAAGACUCUCCUCCCAAAAUUUGCAGUGGCAGUCAGCCAGAUGGCUGUCGAAGCUGCAACCACAGCCUACCCGACCGACUACAUCGUCGAGCACAUCCUCAAGCUCAGCAACUACCUCAUCAACCUUGCGGGCACCUGCAACCUCUUCGGCAAGCCCGACCUCGACAUCUACAGCCCCAGUCUCAACACUCUGUUCGACCGCCUGCAGAAGAAGCAGGUCGGCCCAAGCCUGUUGCCUCACGGCUUUCUCACCCCCGAACGCAUUCACGGACGCAUCUACGAACGUGCCGAUGAAGAGGCGACUGACCGCCCUCUCGCCGACUACGAGGACAUAUACUAUGCGCUUGUCGCACGCAUGCAGGAGAUGCAUCAGCUGCUGAACCUCCGCAUCAACAGCGGCUUCAACGUUGCGACUGAGGACAUCUCUGAAGGCGGCCCCAGCAUCGCCGAGCUCCACAACAGUCUGUCUGAGUACUGGAACGUCCUCAACAACCCAUCCUGCGGCAAAGCGCUCGACGAUGCAGUCCGCGAGGCGAGGCUUGAAUCACUCCGUCACGAACUGGUCCACCAAGUCCAGCAAAAGAACAUGAAAGCAGAGGAAGCGCACGAGCAGUUAUCGCAGCUCUACAGCUCCGACGUCUACAACGGUAUCCUCGGGCUCAACUUUGUCCAGGACUGGGCGCCGGCCAUGAUCGGUGCGUACCUGGAGUCAAAGUACCGGCGCAUGCUCGACUUGGAGAAGGAAGAAGCCGUCGUCAAGGCCAGGCUGUCGCGCCGCCAAGCAAAGAUGAAGACGUUGCGCGAGGCUCUUGUGGCAAAGUCAGCGGAAGAGAAGCUCAUUGCUCGCCGCCAUGCUCGCAACAAUGCGCGCAGGGCCGCUCCCGUAUGCGACGUCGACUACGAAGUCAGCCGCCCCACCAACGACACGCCGCCCGCCGUCGGAUCCGCAGACGCCAACGAGACCUCCGGCGCCGAGCCCAACACCACCACCAACAACACAUACCAGAUCACAGGCAAACCAUCAAUGCAGCACUCCCCCGAACACCACGCCCAGCUCCACCACCCGGGUCACCACUACGAAGAGCACACAGCCGCCUACUACAACCAGCCCAUUGAGGAUAUCAUUGCUCACCAGGAGAUGCUCAAGGCAGCCGCUCAGUGGCAGAUCAAAGAACAACGCGUGUCAGAGUACAGCGAGUACCUGCGCGCUCGCGCUAGUCAGGGGGCUCAGAGUAUGGUUGGGGCUAGUCAGGGCUCGAGUUCUUUCGGUGCGCCUCCGACUGGCUGGGUGAGGGGGCCUUUUCAUCACCCGGAUAUGGAUUAUAGUCAGUAUGAGAAGUUUUGA